AUGGAUUUAUCUCUAUUCUGCCAGAAUAAUCUUCUCUAUACCCAGGAGCCAUUGUCAAAAUACAAACCCGGGGGAUAUCACCCGGUCGCCCUUGGAGACACCUUUAAGAAUGGGCGCUACGAAACCCAUCAUAACCAAAGUCAGUGGGUCUCGUUGAAGAUCAUGACCGCAAAUUGGUCACAAUCGCGGGAGCUGCGAAAUCUAAGACUCCUCGAAAGGCAUUCUGGCGGAAAUCUCUCCUCCCAAUAUAUUGUUCAGCUGCUUGAUGACUUUACCCAUGAUGGCCCUAACGGAGUCCACCAAUGUCUUGUAUUCGAAUUACUUGGUCCUACAGUUGAUAUGGUCCUCACGGAUUAUUCCGAGGGCAAAGAUAAGCUCGAGCCGGAAGAAACACUUCGAAUGUCUACGCAACUCCUGAAAGCUAUUAAUUUUAUUCAUAGUGCCGGCAUGUGCCAUGGGGAUAUCAGCGGCCGGAACGUCGCAUUUACUUGCAAUAAAGUGUUGAACUCACCUGGGCAAGAGCUCUUUGAUGUGCUUGGCUCUCCGAAAACCGAGCCGCUCGCCCUUAUUGAUGGCACGCCUUUAGACAAGGGAUUGCCAACCCAGCUGGUCAAGGCAGCAGAAUGGGUUGACUGGAUAGACGAGGACGAGGAAGAUAUUCGGCUUCUUGAUUUUGGAGAGAGUUUCCUCGAAGGAGAGCAGCCUGAAAAGCUGACUCAGCCGAGUAAUUUGCGGGUACCUGAGACAAUUUUCACGGACCGCUUUGAUUAUCGGCUUGAUUUAUGGCGUGCUGGUUGCAUGAUCUACGCUUUCUUGUUCACGAUCUAUCCAUUCUGGCAUUUUGGCGAAGACGAAUCCCUAGUUUCCCAAAUGAUUGGUUUUGUGGAGAGAUUGCCAGUCGAAUGGGAGUCUCGGUGGAAAGAAAUGCAGAUGAGAUCAAGCCGUGAUCUGGAGAUAAAGGAAGACUACGAAAUCUCCAAGUUUGAACGCAAGUUUGCAGAGGAUGUGCAUGAUCCAGAGCUUCAACCUUUAUUAGAAGUGGCUCAAGAGUUAAUGCGAUUCCUGCCAUCUAAUCGCAUUACUGCAGACAAGGCACUUGACUUGCUGUUCAACAAAUUACAAGAACUACAUAGAACUACAUAG